GGGGUCUUUCAUGUUGUCAUGGAGGUCAGAGAGCUGGGAAUCAAACUACAUGUACUAGUACAUGAACAUGCACCUUACGUGAAUACAGUCACCCCUGCUGGGGACCGCCUGCUGGUUUAGUAUACAGACGUAGAUUCUACUGCAGUUGUAAAAGAUUAUCUUGAGACACCGUUUAGCCACCGUUGAGAUUGUUCAAAGGCUUUUGUAUUCUGUUGUGCUGCUUUUUUUUACGUAUAGCACAAGCAAGGCACGGCUAUGGAAACGGGACGACUUCUAUUCCUAACAAACUACUGUAUAGUAGGUAAAUUGCCUUGACAUGAAAUGACCUUUGGUAACUAACAGCUGACCUACUUACAAAACUAGGUCGACUUUGUAAACGUGUGCAAGAUUGAGAUACGCUGUAGAUGCCAUUCUUAACUCGUGGUUUGAUGGCCCAGGUGAUGCGAGCUAUUCGAGUGAGUGAGUUUGGUGGACCUGAGGUGUUGGUGCUGGCUAAAGAUGUCCCCAUUCCAAAACCUGGGAAAUGUCAGGUUUUGAUCAAGGUAGCAGCUGCAGGGAUAAACCCAGUGGACACAUAUAUCCGCACAGGAACACACACAGUGAAGCCACCAUUGCCCUAUACCCCUGGCAUGGACGUGUCAGGAAUAGUGGAGGAAUUAGGGGAAGAGGUCACUAAGUUUAAAAAAGGAGACCACGUGUACACAGUUCGCACAGCUUCUGGUGGGUAUGCCGAGUAUGCAGUGGCUGAUGACAGGACAACCUUUAAACUCCAUAAAAACUUGGAGUUUACACAGGGAGCUUGUGUUGGAGUCCCCUACUUCACUGCAUAUAGGGCCCUUGUUAUUAGGGGCAGUGCUAAACCAGGAGAAACUGUGCUUGUCCAUGGUGCAAGUGGCGGAGUUGGUUUGGCAGCUUGUCAGAUAGCUAAGAACCUGGGUCUGCAGGUUAUAGGUACUGCGAGCACAGCAGAGGGCCUGCAUCUUGUCAAGGAGAAUGGGGCCCACCAUGCUUUUAAUCACAAGGAAGAGGGGUACCUGGACAAAAUAAAGGAGGCCACAGAUGGUAAGGGAGUUGAUAUUAUAUUGGAGAUGUUGGCCAAUGUAAACCUGCCUGCUGACACGAUGCUUUGCAAGAAACAUGGCCGCAUUCUGAUUAUAGGUAAUCGUGGGAGUUGUGAGAUCAACCCUCGUCAACUGAUGACAGUUGAAACAUCAGUUAUUGGAGUCAUGCUCAUGGUGACUGAACCGCAUGAAUGGGAAAUGAUGGGAAGCUUCAUGUAUGCUGGUAUGGAACAGGGCUGGUUGAAACCAGUGGUACACAGGAAAUAUGACCUGAAGGAGGCGCCACAAGCACACAUAGAUGUCAUCAGCAAUCAGGGGUCCAAGGGAAACCUGGUUCUGCAGAUAUAGCACAUGUACCGUACAAAAUUAGCUGCCGAUCAAUUAUCUCUUGCCUAGGAAGAAUGAUGUUAGUGCUUAAUGCAAUGUUUGCAGAUAAUUAAUUUUAAUAAAAAUUAUGGGACCACAGGUUUAUAGAAUUUCUAGCACAGUCAACUACUACAGCUUGCAGGCAAAAUUGUCCCAGCUGGAAAGAAUUUCUAUGAACUUUUCUAUGAAUCUAGGAACUUGAGCUAUGUAAUUUUGCUUUUAAAUAACAAUAUUAUAAUUAGGGAUGGACACCUUCAAGGGCUUGGCCAGAGAUAAAGUAGAAGUUUCUUUAUAUACUAGAUAAAAGUUACAGGAGAUUGAAUUUGUAUAUGAAUGCUCAUCUGUUGUUCUUCCUUUUGCAUUAAAUUGUCAAAGUAAACAUUUAAAAUCAGUGUUAAUACUAAAUGCAGCCUUCCGGUGUAGGCUUUUUCUCCCAUCUGAUUUCUGUCCAUUGGAUAAUAAGACAAGCACAAAAAAUACUGUUUCCAAAACAGUGUAUAACUGUGAUUAGUCAUUGUUAAAGUGACGGGGAUUUUGCUAUUUCUGCUGUUGGUGGUUCAAAUGGAAGACAAUGUAAAUUUGUUCCUCACGGAAGUAUGAUGUACAGAUAGAUUUUAACCUUAUAAGACUUCCUUGCAAAAUGAAAGAGUUUGCAAAAAGAAUUUUAUUGCUGCUAAUUUGCAGCCAUAUUGCGGAAAAUUUGCAAGGAACUGCAGAUUGCAGCAGUAUUGCAGGCCUGAUAUUUUGUUAUGGGGCCCUAUUUCCAGACGAUGGUGAGAGCCGUUAUCUAAGAAAACAUUUUCUUACAGUUGUCAAUCAAUGUGAUUGAUCAGCAUCAAUAAAACUGCAACAUACUUCAUGCUGCUUUGAUUUUAAAAUCUGUGAAGAUGUCAACAGCAGUAUUGUAUGUCAGAUAUGAAUAUUUAAAUCUGUAUGGCAAUAUUUUGUGUCUCUAACUUCUAACAAAACAACAGUGCCAAUAAAGGAAUAAUUUUUUACUAAGGCAAUGUUGUGUCUCUUAGCUGUGCCAAUGAAAGGUGAAGUGAUAUCAAAACCAUAUAAAUGAAAAAUAACAGGAUUUUAUUGCUUAUUGUAAGACAGACUAAAAGAAGUGGUUAAACAGUUUAAAAUAUACAACAAGUUUAUUGCUAAAUGUUGAAAAGGAACUUUUCAAUACAUGCACUGCAAUUACAUUGUUACUCUCUCAACCACAAACAUUUGUCUAUUCUGUAAAGGACUGCCAUUAAAUUGACAUUUUCAUUACAAAGAUAAAUUUUAAAAAUAAAUUCAGAAUGUAAUUGCUGUAUCAAAGAAGAUUAAAGAUGGCUAAUAUAGUAAACAAUGAACUCUAAUCUAUUCCUCAAGACAGCACUAGAUCAUAACACUGUCACGCAUGUACACAUGUAUACGUAAAAGUCUGUAAUAUAAACAAUAAAAAUGAUGGACAAACAUUA